CGGAGCAGUAGAACAGACGCCAAAGUCAGCAACGGCUACAACAAAGAAGUCACCAAAAGCACCUGCUUCUGGAUCUAGAGUCGACCAUGACGACGACGACGAUGGGAUUAGCACCAAAGUCCAAAAUCUCGAAACCGAAACGAAAAUCCAGAUGCAGGUGUCUGAGAUCCCGCGAACCAUGUACGGCGUUCUCUAACGUUACACUCUCAACUGUUACAUGAAUUUGUCAUGCAGAACUAUCAUCAUCUUCAUCAUCCACACGACCAAGCUGCUUCGCAUGACAAAUCUGCGAAGGGCUAAACAGCACUUACAUCUGGGCGGCAUUUGUAAUGCUACAGGUGCACCCUCCGCCCUUUGGCUUUUGCCACUUUUGCAUUUACAAAUUCAUGGAAGAGCAGUUGAGAAUGUAACUGAUUAGAGAACUCCAUACCAUGGCGGGGCGCAUGAACACGGCGGAGUCGACCGUGGCAAAGUUUUUUGAUUUAUCCUGUGCAAAAGUAUCGUACUCGUAUUGGAGUUAUGCAUUACAAAUCUUUUUCUUAAGGUAAAUCCGCAGUACAAAUUUUAUUUCUCAUGCUGAGGUGGAAAUUUGUAUUUGUAAUGCAUUUAUAGGAGAAGGAGUGCGAUACUUUUGCAAUGCAUAUGAUUUCCGCGUCGGCAAGAUGCACAAGCCCGUGCACACCGUAGAGAAAUUGCAGGAUCAGCUGAAGAUGUUUCCGAUUCCGAACGGGGACGUGCGACGGCGAAAGUCCAUGGAAAGACUGGGCGAGAUCUUCGAAGACGACGGAAAGAACGACCUCAUUCCGGACAACGCGCCCUUGGUGCCCAAACUCGAGCUACGAGAGCAAUUGUACAACAACCCCCGGGCCUUUCCGGCGUUGUCGAUUUUCGCGAACAAGCUUUUGUCGCAUUCCGCCUACUAUCAAGUGCAAAAGUAUCGUACUCGUAGUAAUCGCAGUCAUGCAUUACAAAUCUCCAUCCCAAGGCAAAACAGCAUGACAAGUUCCAUUUGUCAUGCUAAGCUAAUUUGUAUUGCAAUUCCUACUAGUACGAUACUUUUGCAGUUCGUACCUACCAGAAGGCGCACAUCAACUACUUCGCGAGGUUAUCCUGUGCAAAAGUAUCGUACUCGUAUUGCAAUCAUGCAUUACAAAUCUUUUUCUUGAGGCAAAUCCCCAUUACAAAUUUAAUUUCUCAUGCUGAGGAAAUUUGUGAUGCAUUUAUACGAGUACGAUACUUUUGCAGUUCAUAGAGGUGCGAAAAGGACAAUGACGUCCCGGUGCCCGCGAAGUCCCUGCUGUUUAUCCUGUGUAAAAACGUCACCACCCCAUACCAUAGUGGUCAAGAUGGGAACUCUGCUAGACAAAUCAACAAGCUUUGGCUAUUGCGCAUGACAAGUAGCUUGGCCCCCUAAAGUAAUCUUCCUGUUUAGCUAGUUGAGCAGCAUCACAGAGGUAGCCUCUCAUGCUUGUUGGGGCAUGACAAAUUCCGAAACGCUUCUAUUAGAAAAUGCGUUUCAUGGGACACCGCAUGAGAAACAUUUUCAGCGUGCAGAUUUGCAUUACAAACACCUGUCCCUGUGGGGUCGUGGGGAUGUUUCUACUCGGGAUACUGUUUUUGGAGCAGGAGCACCGGUUUCAGGAGAAGCGGGCGGUCUUUG